AUGGGCAACUUGCUGUCUAGGUUUCUUUCUUUAACCCGCCGUCGCCGGGCCUUGCCCGGUGCCCGCCGCCCGGGGGCGCUCCCGGGGCGCAGGGGGGACGCCCCGCCGGGCCGCGCCCACCCCGCGGCCUCUGCGCCGGCCCUGGGCGCAGGGCGCUGGCUCCGCUCCCGGGGCCCCGCACCCGCAGCCUCUGGCCACCCAGCGGGGAGGAGGCCGGGUCCCCUCCCCCAGGCCAGGCGCUUCCCUCUGGGGGUCCUCCCCUUGGUGAGGUGGGAGGACCCCCCACCGAAGCCCCGGCUGCGCUUCCGGAACCCCAGGACCGUCUACAUCCCUCCCCCAGACGGCAGGCUUGCUCCCCCCGGGCAGGCAGGCAGGGCUGUGCGGCCCAGACCAGCCGGAGCCAUCCCACCUCCCUGCCCCCAGGACAAGGAGGUGAAGGUCCGAGAGGAGCCCCCAGAAGGGAGGGCUCAGCUCCCAGACCACCAGGUGCAGAGGGAGGAUCGGGGAGGCCAGGCCAGCCCCUACAGCGCUGGGGACGCCCCACUCACGCCCAGGCCCCCCGAGACCACGGGCGUCCUCCCUCCCGGCGGGAGCAGCCCCGGGCCUCUGGCCCUCGGUGCCCAGCGCCCACAAGGCAGCUGGAGUGGGGGCGCCCCACCGUCCCCCGGGCCCCGCUCCUGGGGAGGCCCCGCGGGAGAUGCCCCGCCUGCCCCGCAGGCCAGCCCCAGCCCAGGCUGCCUCCUGCAGCCACAGGGGCCCGCAGAGGGGGUGCCGCGGGCAGACCCCCCGCCCCGCGGCCCCGCGGCCCCGCCUUUGUGCGGGGAGAUGGAGGCUCCAGAGCCACCAAGGAGCAGCCCUCCCCCGGCCCCCGCCCCCAGGAAGCCCUGCAAGAGGACCCUGCCCCUGCCCCUCCAGCUCCCGCUGCCCCUGCCCCUCCAGCUCCAGCUGCCCCAGCUGCGCUGGGACCGAGGGGAGCUGCCCCCGCCUCCCAAGCUGCCCUGCCUUGCAGGUGACUCCAUUCUGGGCGCUGACACAGAGGCCCGGGCUGCCUGGGGUGCCACUCAGUCUGCCCCUGCCUCCCCCCCUCCUGGCUCAGCGAUGGCAGACCCCCUGCCCUGGGCCCCUCACACUGGGCAGGUGGCCGCUCCCAUCACAGCCGGGGGGGAUGAAGGUUCCAACCCUCAGCCGACCUCCACCUCGGACGAUGAGGACAUGGAAAUGGACACCACGCCCAUUUGCUAUGCUUGCACAAUCACAACUUACCCUGACUCCAGCCUGAGGUUCCUGCCGGUUUACCAAAUCCAGUACAGCGCCAUCCCCCCACGGGCCCACUGGCCCUGA